GCAGCUGACAGUUUCAGUAAACCACGGAGACGAACGGAUUACGGAUCAAACAAAAAACAAAAGAAACAAAAAAAAGCAAGCAAAAAUAAUACAAAAAAAUAAAAACAAACCAAAAAAUACAAAAAACAAAUUCAUCUUCUACUUGUUCUACCGCUUCAACUUUAUUCGUCUUCGUCUCCGUAAUAAAAAUAUAUAUAAAAUAUACAUAUACAUACAUGCAUAUGUGUGUGAGUGCGUCGCGUGUGUCUUGGUGCCUGUAAAUGUGUGAGCCACAACAACAACAACAACAACAGCAGCAGCAACCAGCGCCAGAGCAACAACCACAGCAGCAGCAGCAACAACAACAACAACUGUAGUUAACAACAGCAACAAUUCUUAGCAGCAGCAACAACAACAACAACACAAGCAAGCACCUUCACAACAAAAGCCACAACAACCACAAUAGCAAACACAACAACAACAUCAGCGGAUAGAGCGAGCAGCCAAGCACAACAUCGAUUGACAUCGAUUAACGCAUCGUGCUAAGCGGCGGGCGCUAAUCGAACAUGGCGCCUCGGAUAUAGUUGUAGCUUUAAUGUAGCAGGCGACAUCCAUGUGCCUCAUGCCUUGGAAAUCUAAGGCUCUCAUCGUUGGCCGCAUAGACAAUGACAGAAGAUUCCGACUCGAUAUCUGAGGAAGAACGCAGUUUGUUCCGUCCCUUUACCCGCGAAUCAUUGGUGCAAAUCGAACAACGCAUUGCCGCUGAACAUGAAAAGCAGAAGGAGCUGGAAAGAAAGAGAGCCGAGGGAGAGGUGCCGCAAUAUGGUCGCAAGAAAAAACAAAAAGAAAUCCGAUAUGAUGACGAGGACGAGGAUGAAGGUCCACAACCGGAUCCUACACUUGAACAGGGUGUGCCAAUACCUGUUCGAUUGCAGGGCAGCUUCCCGCCGGAAUUGGCCUCCACUCCUCUCGAGGAUAUCGAUCCCUACUACAGCAAUGUACUGACAUUCGUAGUUGUAAGCAAAGGAAAAGAUAUUUUUCGCUUUUCUGCAUCAAAAGCAAUGUGGCUGCUCGAUCCAUUCAAUCCGAUACGUCGUGUGGCCAUUUACAUUCUAGUGCAUCCAUUAUUUUCCCUAUUCAUCAUCACCACAAUUCUCGUCAACUGCAUCCUGAUGAUAAUGCCGACAACGCCCACGGUUGAGUCCACUGAGGUGAUAUUCACCGGAAUCUACACAUUUGAAUCAGCUGUUAAAGUGAUGGCACGAGGUUUCAUUUUAUGCCCGUUUACGUAUCUUAGAGAUGCAUGGAAUUGGCUGGACUUCGUAGUAAUAGCUUUAGCUUAUGUGACCAUGGGUAUAGAUUUAGGUAAUCUAGCAGCCCUGCGAACGUUUAGGGUGCUGCGAGCGCUUAAAACCGUAGCCAUUGUGCCAGGCUUGAAGACCAUCGUCGGCGCCGUCAUCGAAUCGGUGAAGAAUCUGCGCGAUGUGAUAAUCCUCACCAUGUUCUCCCUAUCGGUCUUCGCGCUGAUGGGCCUGCAGAUCUACAUGGGCGUGCUCACGCAGAAGUGCAUCAAGAAAUUCCCGCUGGACGGCUCCUGGGGCAAUCUGACCGACGAGAACUGGGACUAUCACAAUCGCAAUAGUUCCAAUUGGUACUCGGAGGAUGAGGGCAUCUCAUUUCCGCUGUGCGGCAAUAUAUCUGGCGCGGGGCAAUGCGACGAUGACUACGUGUGCCUGCAGGGGUUUGGGCCGAAUCCGAACUACGGCUAUACCAGCUUUGAUUCGUUCGGCUGGGCCUUCCUGUCCGCCUUCCGGCUGAUGACACAGGACUUCUGGGAGGACCUGUACCAGCUGGUGUUGCGCGCCGCCGGACCAUGGCACAUGCUGUUCUUUAUAGUCAUCAUCUUCCUAGGUUCAUUCUAUCUUGUGAAUUUGAUUUUGGCCAUUGUUGCCAUGUCGUAUGACGAAUUGCAAAAGAAGGCCGAAGAAGAAGAGGCUGCCGAAGAGGAGGCGAUACGUGAAGCGGAGGAGGCUGCCGCCGCCAAAGCCGCCAAGCUGGAGGAGCGGGCCAAUGCGCAGGCUCAGGCAGCAGCGGAUGCGGCUGCCGCCGAAGAGGCUGCACUGCAUCCGGAGAUGGCCAAGAGUCCGACGUAUUCGUGCAUCAGCUAUGAGCUUUUCGUUGGCGGCGAGAAGGGCAACGAUGACAACAACAAGGAGAAGAUGUCCAUUCGCAGCGUCGAGGUGGAGUCGGAGUCGGUGAGCGUUAUACAAAGACAACCAGCACCUACCACAGCACACCAAGCUACCAAAGUUCGUAAAGUGAGCACGACAUCCUUAUCCUUACCUGGUUCACCGUUUAACAUACGCAGGGGAUCACGUAGUUCUCACAAGUACACGAUACGGAACGGACGUGGCCGCUUUGGUAUACCCGGUAGCGAUCGCAAGCCGUUGGUAUUGUCAACAUAUCAGGACGCCCAGCAGCACUUGCCCUAUGCCGACGACUCGAAUGCCGUCACCCCGAUGUCCGAGGAGAAUGGGGCUAUCAUAGUGCCCGUGUACUAUGGCAAUCUAGGCUCUCGGCACUCAUCGUAUACCUCGCAUCAGUCCCGAAUAUCGUAUACCUCACAUGGCGAUCUACUCGGCGGCAUGGCCGUCAUGGGCGUCAGCACAAUGACCAAGGAGAGCAAAUUGCGCAACCGCAACACACGCAAUCAAUCAGUGGGCGCCACCAAUGGCGGCACCACCUGCCUGGACACCAACCACAAGCUCGAGCAUCGCGACUACGAAAUCGGUCUGGAGUGCACGGACGAAGCUGGCAAGAUUAAACAUCAUGACAAUCCUUUUAUCGAGCCCGUCCAGACACAAACGGUGGUCGACAUGAAAGAUGUGAUGGUCCUGAAUGACAUCAUCGAACAGGCCGCUGGUCGGCACAGUCGGGCAAGCGAUCGCGGUGUCUCCGUUUACUAUUUUCCAACAGAGGACGAUGACGAGGACGGGCCAACGUUCAAAGACAAGGCACUCGAAGUGAUCCUAAAAGGCAUCGAUGUGUUUUGUGUGUGGGACUGUUGCUGGGUUUGGUUGAAAUUUCAGGAGUGGGUCUCGCUCAUAGUCUUUGAUCCCUUCGUCGAGCUCUUCAUUACGCUGUGCAUUGUGGUCAACACAAUGUUCAUGGCGAUGGAUCACCACGAUAUGAACAAGGAGAUGGAACGCGUGCUCAAGAGUGGCAACUAUUUCUUCACGGCUACAUUUGCCAUUGAGGCCACCAUGAAACUAAUGGCCAUGAGCCCCAAGUACUAUUUCCAGGAGGGCUGGAACAUCUUCGACUUCAUCAUCGUGGCGCUAUCCCUAUUGGAGCUGGGUCUCGAGGGUGUCCAAGGCCUGUCCGUCUUGCGUUCGUUUCGAUUGCUGCGUGUUUUCAAGCUGGCCAAGUCCUGGCCGACGCUGAAUUUGCUCAUAUCGAUUAUGGGCCGCACUGUCGGCGCCCUGGGCAAUCUGACCUUCGUCCUGUGCAUUAUUAUCUUCAUAUUCGCGGUCAUGGGCAUGCAGCUGUUUGGCAAGAACUACACAGAUCACAAGGACCGCUUCCCGGAUGGCGACCUGCCCCGCUGGAACUUCACCGACUUUAUGCACAGCUUCAUGAUCGUGUUCCGGGUGCUCUGUGGAGAAUGGAUCGAGUCCAUGUGGGACUGCAUGUACGUGGGCGAUGUCUCGUGCAUUCCCUUCUUCUUGGCCACCGUUGUCAUCGGCAAUCUUGUGGUACUUAACCUUUUCUUAGCCUUGCUUUUGUCCAAUUUUGGCUCAUCUAGCUUAUCAGCGCCGACUGCCGAUAACGAUACGAAUAAAAUAGCCGAGGCCUUUAAUCGAAUUGGCCGAUUUAAAAGUUGGGUUAAGCGUAAUGUUGCUGAUUGUUUCAAGUUAAUACGUAACAAAUUGACAAAUCAAAUAAGUGAUCAACCAUCAGGUGAGAGGACCAACCAGAUCAGUUGGAUUUGGAGCGAAGAGCAUGGUGACAACGAACUGGAGCUGGGGCACGACGAGAUCCUCGCCGAUGGCCUGAUCAAGAAGGGAAUCAAGGAGCAGACGCAACUGGAGGUGGCCAUCGGGGAUGGCAUGGAGUUCACGAUACACGGCGACAUGAAGAACAACAAGCCGAAGAAAUCCAAAUAUCUAAAUAACGCAACGAUGAUUGGCAACUCAAUUAACCACCAAGACAAUAGACUGGAACACGAGCUAAACCAUAGAGGUUUGUCCUUACAGGACGACGACACUGCCAGCAUUAACUCAUAUGGUAGCCAUAAGAAUCGACCAUUCAAGGACGAGAGCCACAAGGGCAGCGCCGAGACGAUGGAGGGCGAGGAGAAGCGCGACGCCAGCAAGGAGGAUUUAGGUCUCGACGAGGAACUGGACGAGGAGGGCGAAUGCGAGGAGGGCCCGCUCGACGGUGAUAUCAUUAUUCAUGCACACGACGAGGAUAUACUCGAUGAAUAUCCAGCUGAUUGCUGCCCCGAUUCGUACUAUAAGAAAUUUCCGAUCUUAGCCGGUGACGAUGACUCGCCGUUCUGGCAAGGAUGGGGCAAUUUACGACUGAAAACUUUUCAAUUAAUUGAAAAUAAAUAUUUUGAAACAGCUGUUAUCACUAUGAUUUUAAUGAGUAGCUUAGCUUUGGCAUUAGAAGAUGUACAUCUGCCACAAAGACCCAUACUGCAGGAUAUUUUAUACUAUAUGGACAGAAUAUUUACGGUUAUAUUCUUCUUGGAAAUGUUAAUCAAGUGGUUGGCGCUCGGCUUCAAAGUGUACUUCACCAACGCGUGGUGUUGGCUCGAUUUCGUGAUUGUCAUGGUAUCGCUUAUCAACUUCGUUGCUUCACUUGUUGGAGCUGGUGGUAUUCAAGCCUUCAAGACUAUGCGAACGUUAAGAGCACUGAGACCACUACGUGCCAUGUCCCGUAUGCAGGGCAUGAGGGUCGUCGUUAAUGCGCUGGUACAAGCUAUACCGUCCAUCUUCAAUGUGCUAUUGGUGUGUCUAAUAUUUUGGCUAAUUUUUGCCAUAAUGGGUGUACAGCUUUUUGCUGGAAAAUAUUUUAAGUGCGAGGACAUGAACGGCACGAAGCUCAGCCACGAGAUCAUACCAAAUCGCAAUGCCUGCGAGAGCGAGAACUACACGUGGGUGAAUUCAGCAAUGAAUUUCGAUCAUGUAGGUAACGCGUAUCUGUGCCUUUUCCAAGUGGCCACCUUCAAAGGCUGGAUACAAAUCAUGAACGAUGCUAUCGAUUCACGAGAGGUGGACAAGCAACCAAUUCGUGAAACGAACAUCUACAUGUAUUUAUAUUUCGUAUUCUUCAUCAUAUUUGGAUCAUUUUUCACACUCAAUCUGUUCAUUGGUGUUAUCAUUGAUAAUUUUAAUGAGCAAAAGAAAAAAGCAGGUGGAUCAUUAGAAAUGUUCAUGACAGAAGAUCAGAAAAAGUACUAUAAUGCUAUGAAAAAGAUGGGCUCUAAAAAACCAUUAAAAGCCAUUCCAAGACCAAGGUGGCGACCACAAGCAAUAGUCUUUGAAAUAGUAACCGAUAAGAAAUUCGAUAUAAUCAUUAUGUUAUUCAUUGGUCUGAACAUGUUCACCAUGACCCUCGACCGUUACGAUGCGUCGGACACGUACAACUCGGUCCUAGACUAUCUCAAUGCGAUAUUCGUAGUUAUUUUCAGUUCCGAAUGUCUAUUAAAAAUAUUCGCUUUACGAUAUCACUAUUUUAUUGAGCCAUGGAAUUUAUUUGAUGUAGUAGUUGUCAUUUUAUCCAUCUUAGGUCUCGUACUUAGCGAUAUUAUCGAGAAGUACUUCGUGUCGCCGACCCUGCUCCGAGUGGUGCGUGUGGCGAAGGUGGGUCGAGUCCUUCGACUGGUGAAGGGCGCCAAGGGCAUCAGGACACUGCUAUUCGCGUUGGCCAUGUCGCUGCCGGCCCUCUUCAACAUCUGCCUGCUGCUGUUUCUGGUCAUGUUUAUCUUCGCCAUCUUCGGCAUGUCGUUCUUCAUGCACGUGAAGGAGAAGAGCGGCAUCAACGACGUCUACAACUUCAAGACCUUUGGCCAGAGCAUGAUCCUGCUCUUUCAGAUGUCGACGUCAGCCGGUUGGGAUGGUGUACUGGACGCCAUUAUCAAUGAGGAAGCAUGCGAUCCACCCGACAACGACAAAGGCUAUCCGGGCAAUUGUGGUUCAGCGACCGUUGGAAUAACGUUUCUCCUCUCAUACCUAGUUAUAAGCUUUUUGAUAGUUAUUAAUAUGUACAUUGCUGUCAUUCUCGAGAACUAUAGUCAGGCCACCGAGGACGUGCAAGAGGGUCUGACCGACGACGACUACGACAUGUACUAUGAGAUCUGGCAGCAAUUCGAUCCGGAGGGCACCCAGUACAUACGCUACGACCAGCUGUCCGAAUUCCUGGACGUGCUGGAGCCCCCGCUGCAGAUCCAUAAGCCGAACAAGUACAAGAUCAUAUCGAUGGACAUACCCAUCUGUCGCGGCGACCUCAUGUACUGCGUUGACAUUCUCGACGCCCUCACGAAAGACUUCUUUGCGCGCAAGGGCAAUCCGAUAGAGGAGACGGGCGAGAUCGGUGAGAUAGCGGCCCGUCCGGAUACGGAGGGCUACGAGCCGGUCUCAUCGACGCUGUGGCGCCAGCGUGAGGAGUACUGUGCCCGGCUGAUUCAGCACGCCUGGCGGAAGCACAAGGCGCGCGGUGCGGGUGGUGGGUCCUUCGAGCCGGAUACGGAUCACGAUGGCGAUGCCGAUGGCGAUGGCGGCGGCGAUCCGGAUGCCGUAGACCCAGCGCCCAAUGAGCAAGCGGAUGGAGCCGAGGCCCCCGCCGGUGGAGGAUUAGAUGGUAGUGUUAAUGGUACUGGAAAUGGAACUGGAACUGGAGAAGGAGCUGCCGAUGCCGACGAGAGCAAUGUAAAUAGUCCGGGUGAGGAUGCAGCGGCAGCAGCAGCAGCGGCGGCGGCGGCGGCCACGACGGCGGGAAGUCCCGGGGCGGGCAGCGCCGGACGACAGACCGCCGUUCUCGUGGAGAGCGACGGGUUCGUGACGAAGAACGGCCACAAGGUGGUAAUCCACUCGCGAUCGCCGAGCAUCACGUCGCGUACGGCGGAUGUCUGAGCCAGGCCUCGCCCCCCCCUUCAAGAUGCACGCGAGUAUUAGCAUGAGUACGUGUUGGAUGUUGCAUGUUGCAUCGGCGAUGUGCAGCAACAGUGAGCUAACAACAACAGCAACCAGGCGAACAACAAGCAUAAUUUUCUGCUAUAUAAUGAAAGUACACCAUACAAACAAAACAACAAUAACAACCAAAAUCAACAACAACAUCAAGAGAACAACAACUACAACAGUAACAGUAACAACAACCGAUGAUAUAACGAAGAAGAACAACAACACCAGUGUAAUGUCUCCUUGAGUUACAUAUUUGUAUACCCGCAUUAUUCAGUUAACGUCAGUCAGCAACCAACAACAAUCAUACUUAAGCUAAAUCGAAAUGUCUAAAUAAUUUGUAAGCAGCUCGUAGUCCAACCAUUUAGGCGUUUUUCCAAACAACUAUUUGCCUAAGCAGGUGAAAGAAGAAGGAGUUAGACACAUCAGUGUACACAAACACAUUACACACAAAAACAUAUACACACACACACUUACAUGACCAUAAACAAUUAUUAACCCCCCUUAAAAAACUACAAGCCGAUAACAAAGUUAAAGAACGACGAACAAGCUCUAAAAAUUGUAUUUGCCAGUAGUGGGACAACAAACAACACGCUUGAUUUAAUUAACUACCUACCAAACAACCAAACCUAAAAAGCAAGUAAUAACAAAAGAAAACGACGAUCAUAUGACGGUAAAGUUAUGGUAAGCAAACAAAAACAAAUCCCCCAAAAGCAACAUUCUUAAAUAAACAAGAUGAAACUUUUUAACUUAUUCCAAAAGAGACGAGAACACCAAUUUGCAUAGUUUUUAUUGUACAUUUAUCCAGCUAAAUAAUGAAAAACCAACGGAAGUAAAUAAAUAAAGCGGACCCAAAAACCAGUAACUAAAGCAACACCAAUAAAAAAUACCGCCCGAACUGCCAUUGAAAGCAAUACGAACAAAAAAAGAAAAACCAAAAAAGAGGGACAAACAAAAGCGAAAGCGAAUGCUAAAUGUCAAAGUAUAUUCACACAACAUCCAUACACCCACUUGUACGUACACCCGCACACACAGAAGGAGGGAUAAAGGUCACCAAGAGAGUAAUAGGCAGACAGAGUUAUUUCACAUUCACAUACGAUCGUACUACCUAUCGGGCAUUCCCUUUGCAGUUUCGAUUUAGGCGAUAACAUCCCAUUGGGCCAGCAAGAAAGUUCAAAGCAAACAUUUCACCCAUAGAUAUCGGAUUUUUGAGGUUAUGUCCUCAGUUUGAGGUUAUGUCCUCAUUUUGAGGUUAUGUUCUCACAUUGAGGUUAUGUCCCCGCUCACAUACUCAAACCCACAAACACACACACACAGAAACACCGACACAAAGCGACAACAGUACCAAACAAAUCCUUGGAGUUGGGGCGCAUGGAGCCAGAGGAAGUGAGUCGAAGUCAAGUGUAACCUAAACAAAAGACCUUAGCAAUUCAAAUUAGAAUUCGAUCAGUCAAACAAUGAUCAACAAAAACAAUUAACGAAGAACGUCGAACGAAGAACGAAGAGAACGCGGUAGAAGUGUCUAGCAGAAUUGAACAAUACCAAGAAUGUGAAGUGAAAGAGAACCAGUACCGAAACAAGUUCAAAGCGAGUGCUAAAAGACGAAAACAAAAAAUGGAAAUUAGCAGAAGAAGCGUUUGUGCCUAGCACAAUAUAAAACUAAAGCAAAUAGUGAAACGAAAACGAGUGAACAAUUUGAACAAGUUUUUGUUUUCAAAGUGCUAUAUUUUCACAUACUUCUUUUUUAUCUUAACCUACAAGUAGAAUCGAGAAAAGAUCGAGAUUAACGCUUUAUUACACAGUGAGCAAGAAGAGUUAAUACGAAACGAAUAUAUAUUACACGUAAUUAUAACAUAACUAAUUUAACUAAAAUACGAUAUUGAUACUGAAUUGAAUUCAAACAAAGUUUUAGCCCGACCGCUUGAGAGCGUAGCAUACUUUUCAGCGGCAGCCGCCUUCGCAUUCGCUUUCCUUUUCGUAUCCGCCGCAGCCGCGUUAUAACGAUGGACAAGGAGAGAUGAGAAAACCGAAAAUCGAUAACCGAUAACCAAUCCAAAAGGAUGAAAAAAACAACAAAAAAACGAUAAAGUAUUCCGCUCAGUUGCGCCCAAUUUCGCCAAGCUAAGCUUUGUUUGAAUCAGCUUUACUGCAUAUCAUUUCUUUGGUUUCUCUGUCGUUUCAUUUACUAGCAAUGCCUUUUUCAACGCUGUUCAGUUAUGUAUCGACAAGCAAACGAUUACCGAUAACCGAUUACGAUAACGUUCAAUGAAACUCCAUCGAACGGCCCCCGCUACACCGAAAGUUGUGAAGCAUUUCGACCCGAGUGUCGCUGGAAAACAAAUAAUACGUGAGGUUCCAUUGCGCGCACACACACAGUACAGUACACUCUCGCAACAUUCACCCACCCACUCACCCAAAAAACAUAUAAAUAGAAACUCAGACACAUUAAAAUGCUUUGCUUUUGCUUCGAAAUUGCUGCAUUCGUAGGAGGUGAAUGAAAAACGAAUACUUUGGGAUCAAUGCGCUUUUUGGUUUUGACAAUAAAAAUUAUUACCAAAUUCACCCACUGACACUCACGUACACGAGAAGUACCUAUGUACACAGAGACAGACGUGGACAUUGAAAGGACCUUCUUUCAGUGGCGAUCCUCUUCUCGCUGACUUGCUCUCACUCGAUCUCCAAACUGUUAUACGAAACAUGCUUUCACACACUGCCUGACUUCUAACUAUCUGUUAAAUCAAAUACAAAUGCGGAACUUGUUCUAAGCACAUCCACAUCCAUCCACAGAAAGAUAAAUAGCAUCGUACCAAGUUUAUCAACACUGGGAGUUUACAAAUCUCCCUUGGUCAACCAAUGUUGUUUUUUUAUUUUGACUGCAAACAAUUUUGAUUCGCCAGACUCUUUCAUUUAGUUUCCCAAUAUGUUGAUAUUAAUAGCUCACCCUUUUUUACACAGUUGUUUUAUUGCAAAUGGCCAGAGUGUUAACAUUAACUUUCUGUGUUGAAUAACUGUUGUAUAACCGCUUUAUAACAGUUUUUUAACAGUUGUAUAACAGUAAUAAUCCUGUUGUACAGCUGUUAAAACAGUUAUAAAACAUUUGUAUGACGGUUGUAGGCCACAGUAUAAGAGUAUCACAUGUAUAACAGUUUGCUUUAAAUGCAAAACUCAGCUUUCUUUACAGUAAAACACAUGUAUAACCGUUUUCUAAACGACAAUAAACACCCCAGUUACAUUGGUCACUUCGCAUCGAUCAACUCUCUCAAUUUGGUCGUACAACAAAUUUGAAAAAACAAAAAUGUUAAAGCAAGCCACAAUAGUUUCCCAAUACUAGACCGUUCCGAUUUCACCGUCUUAAGGCGUUAAAACACUAUUUAUCUUAGCCAACACAAAAAAGUAACGCAGACAACAAAAAUUAUAGAGUAAUUAACUUGUGUACAUUAUGGGGACCAGUUUAAGCGUUGCCUUAAAGUCCAAAAAUUAAGGUUUAUUUAAUUGCGCACGCGUUUACAAGAGCUUUUUCAAUGAUCAGAUAUCCGAAUUAUUUUUGACCCUUUGACCCCUGAAGCCCUGAACCCCUGAACCUCUAACCCCCUACCAACCACGAGACGAAACGCAAUCCGACUCGAACAGACUCCGCUUUGGUUCGCCUUAAAUUCAUCGUAUUACGUAUUUGAAUUUCCCCCCACAUUGAUUUAACGCUUGCCAAUUGCCAAUUUUGUAACGACUUGAAUGUAGCUUCAUUAUUAUACAUUUUGUUGGCUGUUUGACAAAUAAUACGAGUACCCACUUUGAUAAAUAAUAGAACACAUGGAAAUAACGCAAAUGACGAUAAAUCGCUAUGUCGAGAAUAAUAAACGAAACAUGCUAUAAACUAAUAACAGAAAAUUAAGUUUGAAAAUUCCGUACAAAAUGCAUAAGUUUAACGAAAAAAGCAUAUAAUAUUGAGAAAAUUAAACGAAUAAUAUAUCUACUUAUACUGAGUGCACUGUUAUAAACGAGGGGCGGGGCGAGAUUAAAUAAACAACAACAAAAACGAAUCAAACGAAAAUGAAAACAAAAAACAUAUAUUAUAAUGGUAUAUAUGUACUUAAAGAUAUUGUACUAUCUAUGUGUGAAUAACAUCAUCUGCAAACCAACAGCCACACAUGAAGCUUAUGCGACAAGCAAAAAAAAAAAAAAAAAAGAACAGACAACUUACAAGAAGUCGAGGACGAGAUACUCUAUAAUAGACGUGUAAAUUUACAAUAAUACUAGACGAGAAAGGGAUAUGAAUUUUAGCAAGCGGUAAACUCAAGCGAAACCGAAACGCAAAUCGAAAUCGAAAAGUUGAAAAAUAUAUAUGAGGACAAGAAGACGAAAAGAAGACGACGUCGUCGUGGAUGGAUGGUAAUGAUAUUGAUAAGGAAAUCUAUUUCAUAUUUUUAGCAUACGUGUAAACAUAUUUUUUGUGCCGAGGUUACGUUCGAAGCAACACGCGCAUCAUUGCCAUUAGACAAAAUAAAAUUAAUUAUAUAUACAAUAUGCCUAAAAAUAAUACGGGAAAUCCAAAAAAAAAAAAAAAAAAAAAACUACAACUAAUAAUUAUAAAACAACCAAAAAACAAAACAAAACCAACAA